GAAUUAAUAAUCGCUCCCCGAACCGAGAAAAUAUAAGAUGGCGGAAGGCGUACGUGACAUCUCGAACGAACACAUCGUGUGCCAGUUGUGUGGGGCUCACGAUGACCUCCAGUUAUGCAGUAGGUGCAAGAAGACUUGGUAUUGCAGUAGAGAACAUCAAAAAUAUGAUUGGAAAUAUCACAAAAAAACAUGCACGAAAAAACAACACAACGACAGCAAGACAAAUAGUCAUGACGGCUUCGACAUGACAAGCGCGGAAUUACAAACCCGAGUGGGCGAGGUCAACAACUCUGGUAUGGAGUCUGUUGGACGUGACAAUAUCAGUGUUUCACAUUUAGAAUCGAAUACAACAUGUUCUUCAUCGAUGCAUUCAAUAAUGCUUACGAAAAAUGCUGAAGGCGGCGAGAGCUGUCAGCCGAUUCCUUCUGUAAUGCAUGGACCUAAAAAGGGUAAGCAGCCCGGUGACAGUGAACUACCCGAGGCGCAAAGUGGUGUACGUGAGGGCUCUGACAUAGACGACAAGGAUGUGGAGAGUAUGUCAUUCCGUAGUAUGGACUUGUCUGAUGAAGUCCUUCCUUCAGGUUCAUAUUCGGAAAGUUCAAAUAGCGAUGUGUUCACCAUCGAGGGUAGUUCCGAGACGUUCAUUUUAGAAUCAGACGAUUCAGCCUUGUGCAAGCCUGACUAUAGUUUGACAAAGUCUGGACAUUCUGAGAGUACUAUGUAUCCCAAAGGGGAUGUAGAUACCCGUCAAACUUACAUAUCUAUCAUAGAGAGCAGGAAUAAGGCUCUGGCCCAGUAUGUUGUAAACUGUCUCAAUAAAUAUGGUAUAUGUGUUGUAGACAAUUUUCUGGGCGAGUCUAAAGGACUAGAAAUCUUGGAAAAUGUGAAUUCAUUGCACAAAUCGGGGACAUUUGCUGGGGGACAGGUAAUAGACCAGUCCACGAAAUCUACCAGAAGAAUCCGUGGUGAUAUAAUUACUUGGGUAGAUGGAACCGAACCAGAGUGUGAGCAUAUCCAGUUUUUAAUUUCCUCUGUGGAUGCUGUGAUUUUACAAUGUGCUGGACAAUUGGGAAACUUUGACAUCAACGGGAGAACAAAGGCCAUGGUAGCCUGCUAUCCUGGAAAGGGCUCCCAUUACAUGAGACACGUGGACAACCCUAAUGGUGAUGGGCGCUGUGUUACCUGUAUUUAUUACCUCAACAAAGACUGGGAAGCAAAAGUCAAUGGUGGACUGCUAAAGAUAUAUCCUGAAGGCCAAAAUAUAGUGGCUUCCAUCGAGCCGAAGUUUGACCGCCUGCUCUUCUUUUGGUCGGACAGACGUAAUCCCCAUGAAGUUAUGCCUGCAUUCAAAACACGAUAUGCAAUAACAGUAUGGUACUACGAUUCUAAGGAGCGAAAGAGAGCCGUGAAAAAGUUCAAAGGUAAAAACCCCAAACAGACAUCUGUUCCCCUAAUUAGCAGCCAAAAGUCUUAAGUGAUGACACAUAAUGUGAUUCUCCGCUCUGUGAUUGCCAGCUUACUGUGACUGUACUAGAUGUAUUGUUCCAUGUUAUAAUCAAGAUAACGUUUUCUGAACAUUUUAACUACCUGUAAAUGUUGGCUAUCAUAAGUCAUUUUGAUGUCCCACAGCUGAUACUCCAAAGUUUACUGUGGCCAAGAAGAUGCUAAACUAAAGUUUAAUUACUAUGACCAGGUGACUACACUGAAGCUUAGUGUGGCCAAGUUACUAUACUAAGGUUCCUGUGGCCAGGUCACAACACUAAAGUUUCUGUGGCCUGGUUACUACACUAAGGAUUCCUGUGGCCAAGUCACUACACUUAAGCUUACUGUGGUUAAGUUUCUACACUAAAGCUUACUGUGGCCAGGUCAUGACACUAAAGCUUACUGUGGCCAGGUCACAACACUUAAGCUUACUGUGGCCAGGUCACUUCACUAAAGCUUUCUGUGACCAGGUCACUACACUAAAGCUUACUGUGGCCAGGUCACUACACUAAAGCUUAUUGUGACCAGGUCACUUCACUUAAGCUUUUGAUACCAGGUCACUACACUAAAGCUUACUGUGGUCAGGUCAUUACAUUUAAGCUUAAUGUGGCCAGGUCACUACACUAAAUCUGUCUGUGUCACGACACUAAAGCUUACUGUGGCCAGGUCACUACACUAAAGCUUUCUGUGUCCAAGUCACUACAAUAAAGCUUAUUGUGGCCAGGUCACUACACUAAAGCUUUUGUGGCAAAGUCACAACACUAAAGCUUACUGUGGCCAAGUCACUACACUAAAGCUUACUGUGGCCAGGUCACUACACUGAAACUUACUGUGAUUAGUGUAUAAGGGUCACAAAGCUAUAUCUACUUUACAGCUAGGAUACAUAUUCCAUUUAGCUCUGCCUUAGAUUCUAGUCAAAAAGUAAUACAUUUCAAACUGAUGUUUGCUCAUUAUUGAUUUCAGCAUGUAUCAUUGUCUGUAAAGAUGUUGAAUUGUUUUUGCUGUUUGAACAAUUGACCUUUUUUUCAAAUUAAAAGACAGUUUUAGGAAGCAGAAAUUGUAAUAGAUAAUUUCAACAUAGUUUCCCAUUGAUUUUCUGGAACUCUGAGCUUUCUGUUGUUUUGAAUUAAUUGACUUUAGGAUUCCACUUCCCAAAAAACUAACUAUGCAUUGGGAAUUGUAGCUUUGAUAAAUCACUUCUGAAAAGAAAAACCAUACCAUGCAGCUAUUUUUAAAAACUACUUCUUAUGAAAAAACCAUGAUGUAAUCGAUAACAGUGAUUAGAACAUAAAAAAAAAAAAGUGGGCUAGACCACUCUGAUCUUCAGAUUGCUAUUUUGUAGCUCUCGAAUGAGCUACCUUGGCAAAGGAAGUGUCCCGGCACAACCAUGCUACACUUAUAUCCAACAUGAAAUUAAGGGGAGGUUACUCUAGAUGUGGAAAACCACAGAACAUCGGGACAGGGAUCAUUAAGUUAUUGUAAUUAAAUCAAAAGCAUUUUUUUUAAUAAUUUAGGAAGGCUGUAAAGUUCAUUCUCCUGGAUUCCAUAAAUUUACUUUAAAUAUUUAAAGUAAUUUUAUGGAAGUGAUUUUUCCAAAUUCAUAAGGCAAAAGCCCAUGAAACAACAGUAGAAAUGGUAAUGCUGGUUUAAAUACAAUUUAGACAGUGUUUCCUGCAUAUAUGUUGUCUGGAGAAUUUUAAAAUGCUACCUUAACCAUUAUUUUGUGUUCAUAGGAAAUUCCAACAGUACAGGUAAUUUCAUUAGUGAUUGGUGCUCAUAUAUAAAACCUUGACAGCUUUAAAUAGAAGUGCUAAAACAGAUGCAGUAACUUGAUACACUAUUAUAGAAAUAAUACAUAGAUGUUUCAGUUCAUUACAAUAUAGGUAUGUAUUUUCUGGUAUGGUUGAAGAGCAAAUAUGUCAGGACAUCACACACAGAAACACAAUUUUUGUUGAUUUAAAGCAAAAUUGAAGUUGUACCUUAUACAUAAUGUUAUUAGUUUUAAUCUGAAUGGCUUCUGAAAUGUGAAUGACAGUAGUACUACUUAUCAGACGAGGCAUAGUUUGUUGAAAUGACCAUCACCCCAAGGUCUGAAGUCCUACAUGGCUUAUGAAAUGUGAAUCAUAGUAUUGCUAUUUAUCAGACAGGGUAUAGUUCCAAUAACUUGGAAGUCUGAACUUAAAAUAGCUUAUUCAAGUAUGUCGAAGUUAAGCAACAAAUUUUAACAAAGCACAAACCUUUGAUCUAAUUUUAAAAUGAUUGAUUUUUAAAUACCAAAACGUUCGAAAAUGAUCGUUCGAAGAAAAAAAAUUAUGGUCUAGAUAUUAAUCAGGUUUUGAACAUCUUGGCUGUAAGGAAGGGGAGAUAAUCUGGGAUACACGUGUUGGCAAACAAUUGAAAUCUUUUCUCUUGCCAUUCUUUCCGCUUUAUAUUCAAUCACAACUCAGGUCAUAAGAUAAUUAAAUGUGCUACAGUGAUGUAGAAGUGCUAUCAGUUGCUAAGCAAUACUAUAGUAAAAAUUAUGUAUGAUUGUUAUUUAAAUAGCUUUUACUAGGUGAAAAUUUGAUUGACACUGUGUGCCAUUGUGUAACAUGAUUCAUUUAAGUAUAUGUUUUGUUCAAGAUUUCAUGUUUUACUUUAUACAACUUGUUGAAGAAUCCCAUGAUAAAUUCUUAUUAUAAUGACA